CGUUGCAAUUUCGAGACGACUCGAAGCUUUGGUCCGGCGCAAUGGGAGUUUCCUGGUCCAGCGCGCCGUGACAUCACAACAUGGAGGAAGAGCCGCAGCACAAGGAGGACGCAGUUCCUCAGGUCUGCUCGGCUGCCUCACUGCAUCAUUUCCCUGGUCCACUUGUCUACCUGGCUGGCUCCCCCGUGAGUUGGUGGCACCGCGAGGAUCCAAGGGUCGCCCGCACCCCUCGCUGGAGACGCCCCGCACGCUGAGGUCCUGGAUGAGAUGGAGGAAGAGGAGAAAGAAAAAGAGAAUAGAGAAGAGCGUGUGUGGUUGUGAUAAGGUCACAGAGCUGGCUGGUCUGAAGGAGGAGCUGCAGAUCCUGGCAAGUCGUCAUGUGGCGGACAACUGGCGGAUAAAACGUACCGAGGAGGCAACCUGGGGACAUGGAAGCCUCUCCUCCGCCUACCACGUUUUGAGCCAGCUGUCUUUUUUUCCAAAGCUGUACACCUCAACCCCACUCGCCCAGCAGCUGCAGCAAUACUUCCUCAGACUACUGACAGUCCGCGUGAACCGUUCAUCCACCGCUAGUGAAGUGGUACGCCCAAGGAUCAAGAGGGAGGACCGCGGCGUGAUGUACCUUCCCGUGAGAGGUGGUGGUGGUGGUGCCGCCGCCGCAUGUCCUUCCUACGCAGAUACUGUGUCGGCCUCCCUCACGCAGAUGGCCUUCGCUUCCGUAGCAGUCACCGUCUUCAACACAGUAUUUAACAUCGUGAACAACAUCAACAACAACAACAACAAUAACAACGUAAACAGCAAUAACAACGUGGCAAGUAACAACGCCAACGCGGCGAGCAACAACAACAACGGGAACCAGGUGGACGUGGUACUGCCGCCGCCAGUAGGGAGACGCCGACGCCACGAGCCCGCUUCCGCCUGGACACUGGCACCUACGACCGGAGAGAACCUCGUUGAUGUCUCGCACACUAGGGACUCCCUACACUUUAUUCGCGGCAGCAUCGAAGAUAUGGAUGGGUGCCUUCCUCGCAAGACGUACGCUCGUGCAGCCCUCGCUACUCUCCGCGCCCUGCAGGACAUCCUUCAUUCUCCAAGUUUUGCUUGUCAGGAAGAUGAAGGAAGAGUCGUGGCGACGCAGAGUUUUCAAUUUAGGCGUAGUGAUGCGGUGUUGACGUGAUGCAACACUGAGGUGAUGCAGGAUACACAGUGAAGGUUAGACCAGUUAGACCAGUGAGUGAUGUGAGAUUAUGAUGACUGACGCCUUGUUAAGCGUUCAUGGACAUGUAUGUAUAUAGAAACACUCGCGCGCACACUAAUAUCCACACAAAUAUCGUUAUAUCGUUAGGGAUCCAGGUCCAUCGUUGCGGGUCCGUACCAACACCACACUAUGUUACGGACCCGUUACGUACAAAUAUCUUUACGUUACGGGUCCCGUGCAAACUUUUUUUUUAUUAUUAUGGUUCUUGAGAUCAAUACGAUUUUACGUUACGGGUCCCGUGCAAUUUUUUUUUUUUUUUUUAUGGUUCUUGAGAUGAAUACGAUUUUUUUUUUGUUUAUUUAUGGUUCUUGAGAUGAAUACGAAUUUUUUUUGUACUGCUUUUUGGGAGGUUCAGGGAGAGAGGACACGGAAGUAUCAAACGGACGCAUUUAAUAUAGUAGUAGUUUACACAAGUAACGGGCGGGCGGGCGAGUCGCAUGACAUGUGAGCGGGUAGUAUAUAGUAGUAGUUAGUAGUAGUUGGUCACAGUGUGGCGUUUAACUUGGCGUUUAACUUAACGCUAGACAAAGAUGUGCGACUAGGAAAAUUUGAAUAAAAUUUGUAUACUAUG